AUGCCAAUGUUAAGUGAUCCAUCUGUCAAAUAUAGACAAUUCCCACCUGUCCAUCUCCCAAAUCGUCAAUGGCCAUCUCGUACUAUUAACAAAGCACCAAGAUGGUUAUCGACUGAUUUAAGAGAUGGGAAUCAAUCCUUACCUGAUCCAAUGUCCAUCGAUGAAAAGAGAAGUUAUUUCACUAAAUUAGUUGAAAUUGGAUUUAAAGAAAUCGAAGUUGCAUUCCCAUCUGCUUCACAAACUGAUUUUGAUUUUACUAGAUUUGCAGUUGAAACUGCUCCUGCUGAUGUUUCUAUUCAAGUCUUAUCACCAUGUCGUGAAGAAUUAAUUAAAAGAACAGUCGAAUCCUUAAAAGGUGCUAAAAAAGCCACAGUACAUAUUUAUUUAGCUACAUCUGAUUGUUUUAGAAAUGUGGUAUUUGGUUUAACUAAAGAAGAAUCUAAAAACUUAGCUGUGAAAUGUACUAAAUUAGUUAGACAAUUAACUAAAGAUGAUCCAUCCCAAUCUGGUACUAUAUGGGAUUUUGAAUUUUCUCCAGAAACUUUUUCAGAUACAAACUUAGAUUAUGCUAUUGAAGUUUGUGAAGCUGUAAAAGCAGCUUGGGAACCAUCAGUUGAACAAAAAAUUAUCUUUAAUUUACCUGCUACUGUUGAAAUGGCUACUCCAAAUAUUUAUGCUGAUCAAAUUGAAUAUUUCUCCACCAAUGUUACUGAACGUGAAAAAAUUUGUAUUUCAUUACAUCCUCAUAAUGAUAGAGGUUGUAGUGUGGCUGCUGCUGAAUUAGCUCAAAUGGCUGGUGCUGAUAGAGUUGAAGGUUGUUUAUUUGGUAACGGUGAAAGAACUGGUAAUGUGGAUUUAGUCACUUUAGCCCUUAAUUUAUAUACUCAAGGUAUUACUCCAAAAUUAGAUUUUUCUGAUAUUGGAUCUGUGAUUGAUAUUGUUGAAAAAUGUAAUAAAAUCCCAGUCCAUGCUAGAGCUCCUUAUGGUGGUUCAUUAGUGGUUUGUGCUUUUAGUGGUUCCCAUCAAGAUGCUAUUAAGAAAGGUUUUGCUUCUCAUGAAAAGAAAUUAAUUGAAGCUCAAAGUACCGGUAAACGUGUUCAUUGGGAAAUGCCUUAUUUACCAUUAGAUCCUGCUGAUAUUGGUAGAACUUAUGAAGCUAUCAUUAGAGUCAAUUCUCAAUCUGGUAAAGGUGGUUCAGCUUGGGUUAUCUUACGUAAUUUGGAAUUAGAUUUACCAAGGGGUUUACAAGUUGCAUUUUCAAAAGUUGUUCAAGAACGUGCUGAAGUAAAAGGUCAAGAAUUAACUAAUGAAGAAUUAUGUGAUCUUUUCAUUAAUGAAUAUUAUAUUGAUUAUCAAGGUGAUGAAGUUUUCAAAGAUCAACAAUAUAAAUUAGUUGAUUAUUCUAUUUCAACUCCUGCUAAAGGUUUAAAACAAAUUGAUGCUGAAAUUGAAAUCGGAGGAAAAUCAGUUAAAAUCGAAGGUAGAGGUAAUGGUCAAUUAUCCGCUUUCAACAAUGCUCUUGCUAAAUAUUUAAACAUUGAUCUUAAUGUGAAACAUUAUCAUGAACAUUCCUUAGGUGAAGAAUCAAAUGCUAAAGCUGCCACUUAUAUUGAAAUCUCUUCAAGUAAUAAAAUCUCAAGAUGGGGUGUUGGUGUCCACGAAGAUGUAUCUCAAGCUUCUUUCUUAUCAUUAAUCUCCAUCCUUAAUGGUUUACACAGAUCUGGUGAGAUCAACUAG